UCUCCGACUCUUUUGAAUCAAAGAACAGCUCGACCUCUCUCGGCCAUGGGCCUCCUGGGCGAAGCAGCUUCUUCGCACGUGGGAAGGUGGUUGGCUGACAAGACUGCCAACAGCAAAAGCAGCGGUUGUGCCUUGCGGCAUCCAGCUACUGGCGAGGCGGCCCCUGUUGGAGAGCGAUACAACAGAGAGCCCAUCCCAGAUGAGGACUGGUGGCUUCGGGGCAACAAUCGCUCCAAGCUACUAACCACUGCACCCUUCACCUUCUAUGAUGGCAACCCGCUCGGCAAGAAGCACUUCCAGGCUCAGUGUUUAGGACCAGAGCAUUCUCGACGAGUGGCUCAGCAGCUGGGCCGCAUUGGCCACAGCUUCAGCGAAGCCAACCUGCAGGUGCUCAAAGAGGACCCGAUGGCCAGGCGAUACAUGUCCAAGAGGUAUGCAGAAGUGAUGGGGGAGAAGAAGUCUACUGAAAAACCUGAAUGCCGACCAAGCGCUUCAAGCGCUCCCAAGAACUUCAAGAACAGUUCCAAAGCGCUUCCUGGCGUUGCCACGAUUCCGGCGCCAAAGUUCCCAAAAGCAGAGCUCCGCAGAACUAUGGAUGGGCGCAGCAUCAUUGUCCUGCCCAAUCCGCGGCUGCCUCGUGUUCAGGAAUCCCUGGAUAUUCAUAGCCCUAGCCCAGCCAUUCUGGGGCGACCCAAGUUCAACUACACCUUUGACUAUGCAGGGGAACGGCUGGUCUUGUAGUUUCACACCGCGCGGGUCUGGUGAAAUUCAAGAGCAUGUCCUGUGAAGCAGGGUGGCUCCGACCUCCGACCUGCGCAGAUUCCGCACCAUUUACAGCGCACAUCUUUGCACUUUUGCAAUUCGGAGCAUUGGCAGUUGCUGUUCAUAGGUGCCCUUGACUGCCAGAAGUAGGCUCAGACUGCAGUUGGCAUAGACGUGUAUGGUUGUCUUCUCGAGAAAA